AUGGUGCGUCUGGCGGCCGAGCUGCUGCUGCUGCUGGGGCUGCUGCUGCUCACACUGCACAUCACCGUGCUGCGCAGCUCGGGAGCCGCCGACGGGUCCGACGGGGCCGCGGGCAACGCCAGCAGAGCCCAGCUGCAGAAUAACCUCAACAUGGAAAGUGACUCCACUUCAGAAACCAGCUUUUCUCUCUCCAAAGAAGCACCAGGGGAGCACCCAGACCACCAGGCUGCACCCCAGCCCUUCCCCAGACAGCGAUUCCAAGAGACUGGGCACCCUUCAUUGCAAAGAGAUGGCCCCAGAUCCUUUCUCCUUGAUCUACCAAACUUUCCAGAUCUUUCCAAAGCAGAUAUCAAUGGGCAGAAUCCCAAUAUCCAGGUCACCAUAGAGGUGGUCGACGGUCCUGACUCGGAAGCAGAUAAAGAUCAGCAUCCGGAGAAUAAACCCAGCUGGGCAGUGCCGGCCCCUGACUGGCGGGCCUGGUGGCAGAGGUCCUUGUCCUUGGCGAGGGCAAACAGCGGGGACCAGGACUACAAGUACGACAGUACCUCAGACGACAGCAACUUCCUCAACCCCCCCAGGGGGUGGGACCGUCCGGCCACAGGCCACCGGACUUUCGAAACCAAAGAGCAGCCAGAAUAUGAUUCCACAGACGGUGAGGGUGACUGGAGUCUCUGGUCUGUCUGCAGCGUCACCUGUGGGAAUGGCAACCAGAAACGGACCCGGUCUUGUGGCUAUGCAUGCACUGCGACAGAAUCGAGGACCUGUGACCGUCCAAACUGCCCAGGAAUUGAAGACACUUUCAGGACAGCUGCCACUGAAGUGAGUCUGCUUGCGGGAAGCGAGGAGUUUAAUGCCACCAAACUGUUUGAAGUUGACAUGGACAGCUGUGAGCGGUGGAUGAGCUGCAAAAGCGAGUUCUUGAAGAAGUACAUGCACAAGGUGAUCAAUGACCUGCCCAGCUGCCCCUGCUCCUACCCCACCGAGGUGGCCUACAGCACGGCCGACAUCUUCGACCGCAUCCAGCGCAAGGACUUCCGCUGGAAGGACGCCAGCGGGCCCAAGGAGAAGCUGGAGAUCUACAAGCCCACGGCCCGGUACUGCAUCCGCUCCAUGCUGUCCCUGGAGAGCACCACGCUGGCCGCCCAGCACUGUUGCUAUGGCGACAACAUGCAGCUCAUCACCAGGGGCAAAGGUGCAGGGACGCCCAACCUCAUCAGCACCGAGUUCUCGGCCGAGCUGCACUACAAAGUGGACGUCCUGCCCUGGAUCAUCUGCAAGGGCGACUGGAGCAGGUACAAUGAGGCCCGGCCCCCCAACAACGGACAGAAGUGCACAGAGAGCCCUUCGGACGAGGACUACAUCAAGCAGUUCCAAGAGGCCAGGGAGUACUAGAGAGACUGGGAGCAGGUGGAGCAACGCCACCUCUGGUUUCGCGACACAAACGCGCUGCACUGAUCUGCCGACUGGCACCGAGUCCUCCUUAUCGGCAUAUGUGUAUACUUGUAUAUACCACAUGAGUAUUUUUCAUACCUUACACUAAGGGUGUUGGCCAGGCCCGGGUGACUGCCACGUGAAGCUGCCUGGCCAUCUGCAAUGCCUACUGAGCUCCUUAGAAGUCCUCCUGGGGUGAUGUGGACAGGAGGAUGGGGACAACAAAGAAGCUGGAAGAACCUGGAAGCCCCGGUGGGUGUGAUUCAAUUCACCCCGGAUCCAGAGUUUCCAAGAGAGGCAAAGGGGGAAAGAGACUGAAGCUGUAAACGUUAUAAGCAGUUUUUAUGUAUAACUUAUUUAAUACAAAUGUGACUUAUGGGUAACCUUUUCUCUGGAGUUGUCAUCGUGAAACUAAUCACUUCUGUGAGAAGUCAGAAAGAAAGGGGCUUAGGGAUGUGGAAGAGAAAGGGAAUUUUGCAAUGAUUUCUUUAAAACUAAAUAAUGCAAUGGAAAUGUAUCAAAACAAGAAAACACCCACCUUAAACCAAAUGUUAUUUAGUCAUAAGGCACCUCAUGCCUUAUGCCUUAUGCUGGAGUCUCAGAUUCCAAACUUCUCUUGCCUAAGACUGGGUAGGGGGUGGGGUAUUUUAGGGGCAAAUAUGAGGCCUUAUUUUAAAUGGGCUUUAAAAUAAAAGACUAAUAUUAGCAUAUUGCUAUGAUUCUACAUAGCCCCAAAUAGUAGAAUUUCUGCUCAUGUCUUUGUAGGUUCAGAAGACUGCAGGAAGUUCACACAUAAAAACAGGGAGUAGCACUUUUCCAAAGAAAAAAACAAAAAAAUGGGAAAAAUAUGGACUUCAUUUUAUCUAUUUUAAUACCAUUUUAAUGAAUUUUUUCCAACAAUAUAUUCCCAGUAAAUAAAUAUAAAAAGGGGAGGGGGGUUCAAGUCUAAGAAAUCAUAAUUUUUUAUGUUUUAAGAAAGGAAAAAAACUGUGUUAUUUUUGUAAAGUAUUUAUUGAGUCAUUGGGUAUUAUGCAUCAAGCAAUUGUAAUAUGACCUGGUUCUGUAGGGUGGAAAUUAUGAGAAAUAAAGAGUUGGUUCUUAUGCAAUCUUUUACUUGCAAAACUCCAGGAAAAGAGAAUAUAUAAUAAAAUCAUAAUAAAAUGU